AUGAUUCAUGUCAGUUUUUUUGUAUGUUUAGAAGAACCACUAAUUUCUCAUUAUAUAAAAUGGAUAUCUAGUUUAUAUCUUUGUUUAAAUUUAUUUUAUUGUGCUUCUAAGGUGUCAAACUAUGGGACUGGUUUAAGCAGCUUCAACAACCAGAAUGGUUAUAGCGGAGUAAAAGAUGUUUUGAAGAAUGUUUAUAGGGAAGGGGGAGCACGUUCUCUCUAUCGUGGAGUAGGCCCAACACUUAUCGGAAUCCUUCCUUAUGCUGGAUUGAAGUUCUACAUAUAUGAAGAGCUGAAGACCCGCGUUCCUGAGGACUACCAGAAGUCUGUCACGUUGCGGCUUUCUUGCGGUGCUUUAGCAGGUCUAUUUGGACAGACUCUCACCUACCCUCUUGAUGUGGUUAGGAGACAAAUGCAGGUUCAGAGCCAAUGGCGAUCCGAUCAACUUACUUCUCCACGCAUCAACGGAACUAUACAAGGUUUGAACUCCAUCAUCCGCAACCAAGGCUUGAGGCAAUUGUUUGCUGGAUUGAGCCUCAACUAUGUCAAGGUUGUUCCGUCAGUUGCCAUCGGUUUCACUGCAUAUGAUAUGAUGAAGUCUCUUCUACAUGUACCCCCACGAGAAAAGACCCGUACAGUUUCUACAUGACUUUCUUGAUCAGCAAGAUGUUAACCAAACUAAUUUUAGCCUUCAGCUGUGCCAUUAUUUACUGCGGACCAUCGUCUAUACUCCUCAAAAGGCUAUCAUUUGUUUGCAUUAUUCUGACCCUUAUCAUUAGUUUGACAUUAGUUAUAGUAAUAUACAAUGAAUAUUUCCCCUAUGAGAGUCACAGUUUUAUUUUGUACUGUACUUUUGGCUAUCUGCUUCCGUGAAGUUUUGCGUCGCUGCCGUAUGAAAAAUGGAUGACAUCAAUCAGGAUUAUUUGGGCCGGU